GAUCCCUUGCCCUUCCUCACUCAACACUCAGCGGCACAGAGGAGCUUGUGCUCGUGGCCCUGGAACCAUUGCCAGCCUCUCAGGAGUAUGUUUUUGAGUGUAUAAAAGAAGUAGCUUCCAGUCGACAGUGUACCUCACCCUUUGCAAGUCACAGCAUGGAAGGUUACCUGAUCGCCCCUUAUCAAGAGGAUGUGGUUACCUAUGGGGCUGAGGUGUGCAGACAGCCCCAUGAAUACUACUCGUAUCUGAGCAGCGAUGGGGAGAUUCACAGCGAUCAUUACUGGGACUACACCAAUAGCCACAUCCAUGGAGACUUCGGAAACUUCCCAGACAAUCAGUUCACUGAGUUACAGAGUGUCCAACCUCCCCAACUCCAGCAACUGUACCGUCACAUGGAGCAGGAACAGAUGCACUGCCUGGACCCUGCUUUACCUGCAACAUCGCUCCCCAUUGGCACACAG